UACGUCAUAAUCGGCUCAUUUCAUUUUCCGCCCAAAACAAAAUCGUCCCUUCGCGCUCGCCACUGGAGAGAAAGAAAAGACAAAACGAGCAGAAAAAAUGACGGAAAACGAAGGAAAGCGUGACAAAAUGGAAAAACUGAAGAAAGGUAAAAGCAUGAUCGUCUUCACCGGAACUGCCGCAGUGCUCGCAAUCGCCGUAAACCUCGUUAUCACCGCCGUCAAACACCAUAAAGACAAAAAUGCAAAGAAGAAAGAUCUUGAAGGUUCUAAGGUGCGCGUGAAUCUAUCUGCAUCUGAGAUUGUUAAAUUAGCAAACCAAAUCAUUGCCAAGUCAAAUGAGGUUCACAAUUCCGUUGCAUCAGUGCCUCUUGAUAAGGUUACAUAUGCAAAUGUUAUAUCACCUCUUGCUGAACUUCAAGGGCAACAGUUUCCGUUGAUUCAAUCUUGUUUGUUACCUAAGUUGGUAUCUACUCAAGAGGACGUGCGCAAAGCAAGUGCAGAAGCAGAGCAAAGAAUAGAUGCGCAUCUUGACACAUGCAGCAAGCGUGAAGACAUAUAUCUUGUCGUUAAAGCAUUUGCAGUGAGGGGGGACUGGGUGAAUGCUGAAACCAAAAGCUUUGUUCAAAUUUUGGUGAGAGAUUUUGAGCGAAAUGGAUUGAACCUCAGUGCAAGCAAAAGAGAAGAGUUGAUGCGUCUAAAAGCUCAGAUUGAUGAGUUAAGUGCCAUAUAUAUCCAAAAUCUCAAUGAUGCUAGCGCAUUUCUUCCCUUCAAUGAGGCCGAGUUAGCUGGAUUACCUCUAGAAUUUCUCAAGGGUUUAGAUAAAUCUGAAAAUGGACAGUUGAAGAUUUCCCUGAGAAGCCAUCAUGUCACAGCUGUACUCGAAUUUUGCAAGGUAGGAACUACAAGAAGGAUGGUAUCACGGGCAUAUGGAAAUCGAUGUGGAGAAGCCAAUCUUUCUAUUUUAGAAAGUCUGGUGCAACAGCGUCAUAAAUAUGCUCGUUUACUUGGCUAUUCAUGCUAUGCCGAGUAUGCUGUCGAUGUUAGAAUGGCAAAAACACCAACAAAGGUGUUUGAGUUUCUGAAUGACAUAUCCAUACGUAUAACUGACUUGGCUAUGAAAGAACUUGAUAUCUUGAAAGAUUUGAAGAAAAAAGAGGAAGGGGAGCUUCCAUUUGGAAUCGAAGACCUACUAUAUUAUGUAAAACGGGUUGAAGAGCAGAGUUACGAUUUGGACUUUGGCGAGAUCAAGCAAUACUUACCAAUUAGUUUAGUUCUAUCAGGAAUCUUCAAAAUUGUCCAAGAUCUUUUUGGUUUAAGGUUUGAAGAAAUUGCGGGAGCCGAAGUUUGGCAUUGCGAUGUUCGUGUAUUUUCAGUAUUCGACUUAACUUCAAGUGAACUCUUGGGUUAUUGCUACCUUGAUUUGUUCUCAAGGGAAGGAAAAUAUGGUCACAGUUGUGUGGUGCCUAUCCAGAACAGUGCAUUAACAAUCAGUGGGUCACGACAGAUUCCAGUUGCAUUACUAAUAUCUCAGUAUCAAAAGGAUUCUGACUGUAGUCCUGGAUUAUUGCGGUUUUCUGAAGUGGUCAAUCUUUUCAAAGAGUUCGGUCACGUGGUUCAACACAUUUGCAACCGUGCUUCAUUUGCUAGAGUUUCUGGAAUACGCGUUGAUCCAGACUUCGUAGAAAUCCCUGCUCAACUCUUACAAAACUGCUGUUACGAAAGCUUUUUUCUGAAGUUGAUAUCUGGAUUUCACCAGGAUAUCACAAAGCCCUUAAAGGAUGACCUAUGCAAAUCAAUUAAAAGAUGGAGAAAUUCUUCUUCUGCGCUUAAAUUGAAGCAAGAGAUUCUAUACUGUCUUUUUGACCAAAUUAUACAUUCUGCGGAUAACAUAGAUCUUCGUGAGUUAUUCAAGCAUCUCCAUUCCAAGGUGAUGUUAGGGUUGCCGGUAUUAGAAGGAACCAAUCCCGCCUCAUGUUUUCCUUUUAGCGUAGUUGGUUAUGAGGCAGCAUGCUACAGUCGUAUAUGGAGUGAGGUUUUUGCUGCGGAUAUAUUCGCCUCAAUAUUUUGCAAUGGUAUUUCAAACCAGCUUCCCGGCGUGCAGUUUAGGAACAAGGUAUUGGCCCCAGGCGGAGCCCAGGAUUCUAUUGAAGCGAUAUCAGACUUUUUAGGAAGAAAACCAUCGAUUCAAGCUUACUUUGAGAACAAAACCAAAUAUAGUACUUUGUAAGGUUUUUUUCUAUAAUUAUUUGUCCAUUGACAAUAUUUCUUGGGGCCUACUUACAAUGGCUUUUUAGGAGCACCCAAUAAUAGCUCAGUGUAAAAUAUGAGUACUUUUAUUAAUAAAUAUUAUAAAUAGUUAUGUUAUUGUAUUUGGCUGGAAGAAUAGUAAGUAGUAGGAGAGGAGGAGGAAAGAGAGUAGAGUCAGAAUCAUCAUUACUGGUUUUUUAAAGAAUUCUUAGUUCUUACUCCAAAAUUAAAUAACUAACAAUCAAUAAUGGAUUAUUAUUUCUAUUUUUAAAUGUUUUAAAAAUAAUCUUUGUACCGGCAAAAAGCAAUGAACGCGUUAGACGCGUCUUUGGUUGGUAAGAAUUUCCUUUCACGUAAUGAAUGAAUUGCCAAGGAAUGAACUCCGAAGUUCGGAAGAUACCUUCGGUUGAGGUUAUAUAGUGGAAAAGAAUAGAGAGGAUGAGGACAAAGACUCUCAAGUAU